AUGGAUGCAAAUGAUAAAGAGUGCAUUAAGACUACCUGCAAGCUUGCCAUAGAAGCUUCGACAGCGCAAGAGUUUUGGCACCUGGUAGUCCACAUUGAAACCAUCAUCUCUCCCAAACCACCUGCACCUUUCUGCCAUCCUUCGACCGGUGCCUUUCAAUCGCGUCAUCAACAACAAUUGUGGGAAGUCAACCAACACUCCAUCUCACAACAAACAGUCACGCGCCAGGCAGAACUCAACCUCAACGAACGAUCAGUCCCUAUUCUCGCAUAUUCCGAUUCCACGAUGCCUCCCAAGAAAAUUGGAAACGCUUUAGCUGAAGGCAGCGAUGCUACCGCUGCUGCCGUUACGGCCCUUUGCCGUCUCAUCAUGAGCUGUGAUGAAUUCAAGGCCGACAACAGCAAGCUUGCUGAUGUUCUCGGUAUUGCUCAGGCCAAGAACGUGCCCCGCAAGAUCAACAGCAUCAUCAAUCCGUACGGCUUCGAGUUGAAAAGCGGAAAGAUCGUCUCUCAGUCCGGCAGCCAGGCUCAGGAUGGCGCGGCUGGCCCAGCCGGUGCAGCUACGAACACCAGCGCUGCUGAGGAAGACAAAGCCCCCAACAAGAACAAAGCCUCCAAGGCCAACGGCAAGGCGCAGCAGGGUCCGUCAAAGAAGCGCAAGCUUGCUGUCAGCUUCCCGGAUGACGAUGACAACGAUCAUGUCAAGACUGAAGAGCAUCAAGAGGCCUGA